AUGCACAAACAAAGUCCUUUAGGAAUAAAUCAUGGCAAUGAGCAUAAGCCUUCUGCGCCAGCCUGUUUCCCCACUGCAUGUAGCCGCAUGUUUGCCACUAAAAAGGCUAAAGCGAAGGUAAAGGGCCAAUCCGUCAAGGUGAAUAUUAAUUCAACCCUGGUGGAAGACAUCAUCAAUCUGGAUGAAGUGAAGAUGGAUCUGAAUUCAGUGCUUGAUUCUCUCAAAAAUGACUUCACACGCAACCUCAGCGUCAGGACCUCUCCAGGAGCUCUUGAUCACAUUGUGGUGACGACUCAAGACGGGAAGUUCCCCCUGAACCAGAUGGGCCAGAUAUCCAUGAAGUCCCCUCAGCUCAUUGUGGUCAACAUGAGCAGCUUCCCCGAGGAGACUGCUGCUGCCACUCGCGCCAUCAGAGAGAGCAGCAUGAACCUGAACCCAGAGGCUGACGGCACCGUCAUCAAAGUGCCGGUUCCCAAAGUAACACGUGAACAUCGAGAGAACUUGACCAAACUGGCCAAACAGUUCAGCCACAAGGCCAAGGAAGCGGCCCGGAGAGUGCGCACCGCCGCCGUCGCACAGGUCAAAAAGGCCAAAGACGGACACUCUGAAGACACAAUAAGACUGGUGGAGAAACAGAUUCAGCAGAUGGUAGACAACAUUACGAUGGACAUUGACAAACUCCUUGCAGCCAAGACCAAAGAGCUGCUGGGCUAG